CUCUCCACACAAUCAGCCAAGAGCUAUCGACAUCCCCAUGAGACUCAAUAGAUAUGAUCCCUAACCCCUUCCUUCAAUCGAUACGCGUAACCCCAUCGAUUUCAUAUAUACAUCGAAUCGAUCCUAUGUGUUCUUCCUCUGUUGAAACAACUUGUCUACAGGAACUUAUUUUCUUCUUCUUUUUCUCUUUCUUUCUCCAAUCCAUCAAUGGAUGUAGAUGUGAUCGAUUGGAAGGAUCCUCUUGUUGAUGAUGAAGCUUGGUUCUACCGCCCUGGUAGUUCAAAGACUGGCAAGCACGGACAAGCCAAAUGUCAUUUUGUUGCCAUUGAUAUCUUCAAUGGAAAGAAGCUUGAAGAUAUCGUUCCCUCUUCCCACAAUUGUUCCACAUGUCAACCGUGCUGACUACCAACUAAUUGACAUUUAUGAAGAUGGAUUCGUGAGUCUGUUGACUGAAAAUGGUGGCACUAAGGAUGACCUCAAGCUUCCAACCGAUGAUAGUCUGCUUAUACAGAUUAAGGAUGGAUUUGUUGAAGGAAAGGAUCUUGUUGUUACAGUGAUCUCACUCAGCUAUGCUAUACUAGUAAAUGCAUACAUAAUAUGA